UGUAUUAAUCUGAAUCUCAUGCAAUUUAUUCCUUCUAUAUGAUGAUUCCUAUGUGUAGUAGGUGGAAUUCCCCUUGAAAGCUGAGGAAUCUGGCUAUGAGGUGAUUUCAAUAUGGUGGUUAGCAUUUUUAGUGAAGCGAUUAAAGCUUUGUCAUGGAGGCUCUCGGAAUUCUGAUAGCAUCAAUUAUAACACGUCAUAAGGUGGAAGACUCAGAAGUAGAACCUGCUUUUGACAAUAGAUCAAAUGUUGAAAGUAUUUCAGUUAGUGAAGAAAAGUUCCCUUCUGCUGUAAUGGCUUGCCUACAUGCAUACAAGGAAGCUUUGGAAAAUAAUAAUCUAGCCAAAAUUUCUGAAAUAGAGGCCUUUCUCCAGUCCAUAGAAGAUGAAAAGAACUCCCUUGCAAGUAAAGUUACUGAAUUAUCCGGGGAGUUGCUUAUAGAAAAAGGCCGAAUACUUCGGAUAAGUGCUGAUUUUGAUAAUGUCAGGAAAAGGACAGAAAGAGAAAGGUUGUUACUAAUGGAGAAUGUACAGGGAGAAGUUGUAGAAAGAUUGUUGCCUAUUUUAGAUAGUUUUGAAAGAGCCAAAGCUCAGAUUAAGCCAGAAACAGAUGGAGAAAAAAAGAUCAACAGUAGUUACCAGAGCAUAUAUAAGCAGUUUUUAGAGAUUUUAACUUCCCUGGGUGUUGAAGCAAUUGAAACUUUGGGAAAUUCAUUUGACCCUAUGCUUCAUGAGGCUAUAAUGAGAGAAGACUUAGCAUAGUUUGAACAAGGAAUCAUAAUACAAGAAUUUCGCAAGGGUUUCAAGCUUGGAGGCAGGCUUCUACGCCCAUCAAUGGUGAAGGUUUCUGCAGGACCUGGACCUGCAAAGCUCUAAGAAGCUGCAAGACCUCCAGCUGAUGAAGACAGUAAGGAAAUGGAUAGGGAAAGUGCUGAGGAAGGCAAAGAUCCUGUUUUUAAGUGAAGUGCUUCUGUACUUAACCAAAUUUUGUUGAAACUGAAGCUGUCAAAGCACCAUUUUAAUGAGUUUGUUAUCUUAUUGUAAUAUUCAUCAAAGGAAUCAUCACCUGGUAUGGCAUUUUAAUCAAGGCCAUAUUUUUUUUGAACUGAUGCAAAUAAUACUAGCAAUUAGCAAAAUUUGUCCUUUUCCAUUUUUUUUCCUGAUGGGAUCAUAAUUUGUUCGCUUAUUGUAAUAUCAUAGUUUGUUGAGACUGAAAUUUAUG